GCAAUGCCACAUCUCAAGGGUUGGUUCUAUUUGGUGCCCCUAAGGAAGACACUGAAAGUUUUAAUGAAAGUAAAACAACAAAUACUGAAGGGGUGAAUACAGGUAUUUACUUCAGCUACCCGAGUCGACGUCACAGCUGUGCUCUAGUAAACAUCCCAGCACCCUGCGUCAACAAAAUGAUUUCACACAUUCAAGACGUGGAGUCUAAAAUACAGGUGCAUUUGAAAAGGUUUGAAACUUCUUUCGAAGAAUGGAGGAGAACUUCUUCCACAAAAGACCUGAAAGAAGAUUGGAGUGUUACUAUUUCAGAGAAAGAGGUCAAACCAGAAGAGAGAGAUGCACAGUGUCCAGAGUUAAAGCAGGAAAUGGAAACAUUGCUGUCAGAGGCCAUUCAUCUUAUUAAAAGUCUAGAAACUGACCGGGCAGACGCUGAAGAAGCUUUAAAAGAACAAAGAUCACGAAAGAAAUUGAUUAACAUGAAAAUUGACUCUUGGUCAACCUGGAAACUUCAAGAACUUCCAUCAGCUGUGCAGAAAGAACAUGAGGCCUACUUGAGAGAUAUAAUAGAAUUACAAUGGCAUCUGGAAAGGAAAGCUAACCAACUAGAACAUCUUGAGAAACAAAAGGCAAGGUUACAAGAAACGAAUGCAAAGAUUCAAACAGACACAGACUACAUGAAUGAGCAUAUUCUUUUACUGGGCUCAAAGUGGAACAAGGAACUUAAAGUUCUGAAGGAACGUUAUAAAAAGAAAUUCGAGGUAAUGGAACUAUACAGAGAAGUUCAUGAUAAACUCAGAGACGCUAUAGAUGGCUACGACAAUGUCAAAUGGAAGGCAAAGCAAAUUAAAGAAGACAUGGAAAAAGAUAUUUGCAAGGAUGAGAAAGACGUAGAGGACUACAAGAAAGAGAUAGAUAAACUUAACAGUCUAUAUAAUCACUACCAGUCAUUAAUACAAAAUGUUAAUACUGAUAUCAAGGAGAAGAAAGAGCAAGUGACUGAAACAAUAGAGGAAACAAAGUCAUCAACAAGCGAAUUAUCUGUUUUAUCAAAAAUGCUAGAUGGUGUGAAAGCAAUGUAUGAUCAACUAACCUGGAGGCAAAAAAGUUAUAAAGAGCAAUAUCUGGAGACACUUAAUAGUUUUUAUGCUGCAGAAAAAUCAUGGAAUAUUGAACUUUCUAAUGUCACAAAAGAUUUUACAGAACUUUCAAUAGCACUUGAGCAACUGAUGGAAGAAAAUAGAAAACUGGGGAUUGACCUUGACAGCAUAAAACAUCAAAUCAAAGAAAGUAUCAGGAAAAAAGGAGAGUUUGAGUCAGAAAUCAAAACUUUGUUAAAAAUGAAGUUAAAGUACAAUGAGUAUAUCAAAGACCUCUAUAAGGAAGCUAAUCACAUUGGUACUAUUUUCUACCUAAACAAACACAAAACAGAAGAAAUGGAAGAUAAAAUAGCAGAAGCGAGAAGAAAAUUCAAGGGUAGAGAAGAUUUCUUGAAAAGACUCAUUCGGGGUGAAGUGAUUACUGGAAUGAUAAUUCAGAAAAGACUAUAUAGCAUUCAUGAAGUCCAGAUCCAGGAGAGGCAGGAGCUUUUGAAAAGGAAAGCAAUAUAUGCCAUAACACUGUCAGAAAUACAAGAACCUCUGCUUCAACUAGAAGAAGAUGCUGAAAGAAUCAGAGCUAUCCACAAAGAACACUCUGAUGCACUUAAUAGUAUACUUGAGAAGAAAGAUCAUAUUAGAAGAAAUGUGCAAAAAACAAAGAAAAAAUUGAGAAAAAGGGAAAGGAAAACCCGUGUUGCACUAACAGAAACUGAGAGUAAAGGCUCAGUAAUAUUUAAGGAAUUAGAAACAACUAAAAGUAAAACAAUUCUUUUUCAUGCAAAAAUAAAUGAAUUGGAGGAGGAAUUAAAAGCAAAAGAAGAGGAAAAGAAUUAUUUUGAUCAAAUUCUUGAAGCUUUAAAGAACAAAUUUAUAACUAUAAGAUUUAAAAAGGAGCAUGCACAAGCUGUGUUCGAUCAUCUCAUGCAAGAGAGAAAGAACUGUAAAAUGAGAAUCUUUGAGGAAGAUCAGAGAUUUAGAACACUCUUUGCUAUGAGGCAAAAGACUUUGGAUAGUGUUAGA